CGGCGCCCCGCCGAGCCGAAAGCGAGGGUUUCGGAGCAGAGCGGCGGCGUGAGAGGGAGGGUAGGAGGCAGCCCGCGCAUGGGGCGCCCCGGCCCGCCGGCAGCGCGCCCCCUGGGGCCCGGCCGAGCUGACCGCCCUCGGCUCCGCGCCUCCAACUCGCGCCCCCGAGCCAUGCCGGUCAUGAAGGGGUUGCUGGCCCCGCAAAACACCUUCCUGGACACUAUCGCCACCCGCUUCGACGGCACGCACAGUAACUUCCUCCUGGCCAACGCGCAGGGCCCACGGGGCUUUCCCAUCGUCUACUGCUCUGACGGCUUUUGCGAGCUCACAGGUUACGGCCGCACCGAGGUCAUGCAGAAAACCGGCAGCUGCCGCUUCCUCUACGGUCCCGAGACCAGUGAGCCGGCCCUGCAGAGGCUCCACAAGGCCCUGGAGGGCCGUCAGGAGCACCGGACUGAAAUUUGCUUCUACCGGAAGGAUGGCUCAGGCUUUCGGUGCCUCCUGGACAUGAUGCCCAUCAAGAAUGGGAUGGGGGAGGUUGUGCUUUUCCUCUUUUCCUUCAAGGACAUCACUCAGAGUGGAGGCCCAGGACCCGGCCCCUCCGGAAGCCACGGGGACAGCAAUCAUGAAAACUCCCUUGGCAGGAGGGGAGCCAGCUCAAGACUGCGAUUCGCCAGGAGACAGAACCGGACUGUCCUGCGCAGACUGACUGGCCACUUUGGCCGCCGGGGCCAGGGAAGCAUGAAAACCAAUCGUAACGUGUUUGAGCCAAAGCCAUCAGUGCCCGAGUACAAGGUGGCCUCCGUGGGGGGGUCCCGCUGCCUCCUCCUCCACUACAGCGUCCCCAAGGCGGUGUGGGACGGCCUCAUCCUCCUCGCCACCUUCUACGUUGCCGUCACCGUCCCCUACAACGUCUGCUUCUUGGGCGAUGAUGACACCCCCAUCGCGUCCCGACACACCCUUGUCAGUGACAUCGCCGUGGAGAUGCUCUUCAUCCUGGAUAUCAUUCUGAACUUCCGCACCACCUAUGUGUCCCAGUCCGGCCAGGUGGUCUCUGCUCCUCGUUCCAUUGGUCUCCACUACCUGGCCACCUGGUUCUUCGUCGACCUUAUUGCUGCUCUGCCUUUUGACCUGCUUUACAUCUUCAACAUCACCGUGACGUCGCUGGUGCACCUGCUGAAGACAGUGCGGCUGCUGCGGCUGCUGCGGCUGCUGCAGAAGGUGGAGCGGUACUCGCAGUGCAGCGCGGUGGUGCUCACGCUACUCAUGUCCGCCUUUGCGCUCCUUGCCCACUGGAUGGCCUGUGUCUGGUACGUCAUCGGGCGCCGGGAGAUGGAGGCCAACGACCCACUGCUCUGGGACAUCGGCUGGUUGCAUGAGCUGGGCAAGCGGCUGGAGGUGCCCUAUGUCAACAGCUCGGCGGGCGGCCCGUCGCGGCGUAGCGCCUACAUUGCUGCGCUUUACUUCACGCUCAGCAGCCUCACCAGCGUGGGCUUCGGCAACGUGUGCGCCAACACUGACGUCGAGAAGAUCUUCUCCAUCUGCACGAUGCUCAUAGGCGCGCUGAUGCACGCCGUGGUGUUCGGGAACGUGACGGCCAUCAUCCAGCGCAUGUACUCGCGCCGCUCGCUCUACCACAGCCGCAUGAAGGACCUCCAGGACUUCAUCCGCCUGCACCGCCUGCCGCGGCCGCUCAAGCAGCGCAUGCUCGAGUACUUCCAGACCACGUGGGCUGUCAACAGCGGCAUCGACGCCAACCAGUUGCUGCGUGACUUCCCGGAUGAGCUGAGAGCUGACAUUGCUAUGCACCUGAACCGGGAGAUCCUGCAGCUGCCGCUGUUUGGAGCAGCCAGCAGGGGCUGCCUGCGGACCCUCUCCCUGCACAUCAAGACCUCCUUCUGUGCUCCGGGCGAGUACCUGCUGCGCUGUGGGGACGCUCUGCAGGCUCACUACUACGUCUGCUCAGGCUCGCUUGAGGUGCUCCGUGACAACAUGGUGCUGGCCAUCCUGGGGAAGGGGGACCUGAUUGGGGCAGAUACCAUUGAGCCAGGACAGGAGCCUGGGUCAGGAGCAGGCCCGAGCUGUGUGCUGAAGACCAGCGCUGACGUGAAGGCACUGACCUACUGUGGCCUGCAGCAGCUGAGCAGCCGAGGGCUGGCGGAGGUCCUGAAGCUCUAUCCUGAGUAUGGGGCUGCCUUCCGGGCUGGUCUGCCCCGGGACCUCACCUUCAACCUGCGCCAGGGCUCUGACACCAAUGGCCUCGGCCGCUUCUCCCGAUCCCCUCGAUCCCCUGGGCCCUCCCAGCCCCACUCCGAAAGCCUUGGCUCCUCAGACAAGACCCUGCCAUCCAUCACCGAGGCCGAGGCUGAGUCGGAGCCCGGAGGUGGUCCCAGGCCCCGCCGGCCCCUCCUGCUGCCCAACCUUAGCCCAGCAAGGCCCCGAGGCUCCCUGGUCAGCCUUUUGGGCGAGGAGCUGCCUCCAUUCUCAGCCCUUGUCUCUUCCCCUUCCCCUUCCCUGUCCCCAUCCCUAUUCCCAUCCUCUGCCCUGGUUGGUCGAGGCCACAGCCCCUCCUCUCAUGGCCCCCCCAGGGGCUUUGCUGCCAGGAAGCCCCCCCAGCUUCUUAUUCCCCCACUGGGAACCUUUGGAACUACGGACCUCAGUCCUCGCAUAGUGGACGGCAUUGAGGACUCCGGCAGCACAGCAGAGGCCCCUACAUUCCAGUUCAGCAGGAGGCCUGAGCACCCUAGGCCCCGCUCUCAGGCCUCCCCUACAGGGACCAGGCCCAGCCAGGAACUGGCCACUGAAGCUGAGGAGAUGAAGGAAAAGGUCUGCAGGCUGAACCAGGAGAUCUCCUGCCUCAACCAAGAAGUGUCUCAGCUCAGCCAGGAGCUCCGGCACAUGAUGGGCCUGCUGCAGGCCAGGCUGGGUCCCCCCGGCCACCCGACAGUCUCCGCUCGGCCCUCAGGCCCUCCGUGCCUCCAGCAGAGGCCUCCAUGCAUCUCGCCCUGUCGGUCGGGAGCACCAUCUAGCAUCCAGGAUACGACUCUCGCUGAGGUCCACUGCCCAGCCACUGUGGGGACAGCAGAGAUGGGGACUGCCCACCCCAACCUCAGACCCUACGUGUUGUCCCCCUACCCCUCAGAGCCUGACCCUCUGGGACCCUCCCCGGUGCCAGAGGCCUCACUUCCAACCCCCAGCUUCCGGUCCAGGUCAGACACAUUCCACUGACCCUGGCCCUGGGCCCAGGCCUGUCUGGGGUGGGCAUUGCCACCUGCCAUCAGGGAGGGGCUGAGCCCAGGGCCUCCUGCCUCGGGUCAGCAGCCACCAGCUGGUCUGGUUGGCUCUGGAUUCUCAGGACUUUUUCCAUAAAGCCUGGUCACUUCCGACCCUCUUUCCUUUUCCAAACCUUCUCCUGUGCUCCUCCUUUGGGAGGGGAGUCACCAAAGGCCGUGGAACCCAACAGGCAUGAGACAGAGCACGAUGCCCAUCAGGCUGGGCAGAUGAGAUGGCCUGCCUUCUCCCCAGGACCUGGAGGCAGGCUGUCACUGAAGGUGGUCUCUUCUGUUGCCAACAACUUGAAACAGUUCCAGCAGCACUCCUGCCCCUCCGCUGCCUCCAGACUUCAGCCAAGCCUGCUCUCCCCUUUACCAACAUGGUCUCCCUCGGAGCC